AUGGAAGACCAACGUAUGCCUUCUUUUGUUUCUAUUGCUCCCAACAAUAAGCGAAAACGUGCUGCCGCCGAGAAUGCCAAUCGAAAGAUCAUGAGAAAAAGAGGAAAACGCGCUGCUGUUUCGGUGCCAGAUGAAGAGAUGGAAAGUUUGACGAAUCGUGACGCCAACACAACACCUAUGGAAGAGGUUGAACAAGUGGGCAAGGUGAACAAUACCGAGAGACGCAAAAAGAGGGGCACCACGCGUGUUGACAGCAAACUUCAAGACGACGAGGUUAAGGAUCAACCACAAAAUGGCACCGAGAAAGAUAAGGAUGAGAUCAUGGAUGAACGCGACACCUCUGCAGCAACAACAAAUGAUGAUGACAAGACAGCAUUGGUGAAGGAAAAGGAAUCGAACAAUGAAAAGGAUACAGCUCAAUCUCAGGAUGACAGCGUUGACAAAAAGGAGGAGGAGACUGCUUCUGAUAAGGAAAAUCAAUCGUUGCCAUGCAAUGAAUCCUCAGCUCAGACUCAAGAUCACGUUGAUACCAAGGAUACUGGUGACAAGAACGAGGAGGAUAACAAUGCGCCACGCAAUGAGAAUGCAAUCAUGGCAGAGAAUGAUGACGAUGUUUCAAAGCAAAAGUCAACGACGACUUCCGGUUCUUGCAAAGAUGAUGGUGAUGACAAGGUUGAAGCCAUGCAACGUGGCGAUGAUGAUGUUGCUGAGGAACAACAGGAUCCUGUGGAUACUGAGAUGGAGACAACAUCCACUACUGCAAAGGCAAAUGAGGAAACGGAGGAAUCAUCACAGGCUGAGAACAAUGGAGAGCAACAACAAAGUGAUGCACCUGAAGAGGAACAACCCAAGCCUGUGAGGAAGUCAUGGCUAUCAAGCAUUUGGAGCGCAUUCUGGGGCAACUAG